AUGAGCCGAAACCAAGAAGCAGAUUUAUUCAAGAAAACAUUAUCAGACUUGGUAUCAAAUAAGCACAAAAAAAUACACGAAAGAACGGUAAUUGGGCUUAGAACUUGAUUUACUUUUAGAAUGCUUCUGAAAUGGUCGCGUAUCUUUGGGGACAAGACGGUGUUGUCCCGGCGUUGCUGAUGGAUAACUUUGAGAACGUUAUGGACAUGUUAUGUCAAGUAGUCAUACAGGUAAGGAAAGUGCCUAUGUUUAUUCGUUUAGGAAUGUGAAAUGAACGAGAGCAAGAUUGGGAAGAAAAUCAAAUCUUUCUCACAAACUUUGUUUAAAGUCUGGAAGGCUGCAUGUAUCAUCUGCAUCAAAAGUAUUAUUUUUUUUAUUGAGAGAUCCCUGUUUAGAAAAAGGAGUACGCAACGGUUCAAUAUUUUUGUAUUGUCUUGAGUGUCUGUUAAAGAAGAAUCGUGGUAUAUGGGUGGGAUCCGAGGACGGUGUAUGGUGGGAUACCCUCGACGUGGCUCGAAGCAUAUUCGUUGCUUAUGAUGUGACGCAAUUUCCGGAUGCGAGAGUUUCCAGUAAAUUUUUGUUUUCUUUUCUCUUAUAAUUUUUUUUAAAGAUUUACUACAUACGUUGAUGAAUUAUGUGUUUAUGCCAGACGAUUCCCGGAAAGAGUUGGUUAAGUUAUGUGAGCUUUUAUCCAUUUUUGUCGAGUCGUUGAGAUACUUACCUCAAUCGGAGAACUUUGAAGGAUUCUUGCAAGAUUUUACUAAUGCGUUUGUAAAAAGUUUUAAGUAAGCUUUUGAAAUUUGUUGAGACAGUUAUGUUAAGUUGGUCUCAGGGUUUGAAUCCAGCGCGAACUAGUGUGCUGAUCAUGAUGACGUCGUUACUCGAACAUUUUUCCUUUGGCUACCGAGUGCUUUUGCUGGAUGCAUUUAUGCCGGUAGUUCGUCAACUGUUUCCUAAAAUUCAAAUUUGGUCUAUUAGUGGGGAAGCCAUAUCGAAUCCAGGAGAACAUAAAGCUUUUAACGUAGGUUGCCAGAUUUUUUUGCGUUUAAUACAUUAUUUUAGAGGUACUUGUUAUUGUUUCUUGACAUGUUUCUCGAAGUUGCGUAUCCUCGUGCCAAGCUUGAAGAGGAAUGUUUGUACAUCGACGGUGUUCGAAUGGCUUAUCAUUUAACGUUAGAUGUUUACAACGCCGCCAUAUCCUGUCUGGAACGAGAAAAGACGAGAAGUAAUUAUGCUAAGAAUUGUGCCUUUGAUAAGGAUAGUCUUCGCUUUUUGGCAAGAUUGUUGGUAAUGGAUUUUCAAGGUCGAUGUUGCUCGAGUACCAGCAACUUAGCGUUGCACUGGCGUAGGGACGGGGAUCCAAUAAUCAAGAGAAUUUUGAGAAAUGGGGAUCCAAACUUUAUUCACGUUAUUCGUUCCAGUAAGAUAGAGUUUCCUGCUGGUGUCAGUCGGGAUUUCAGCGUGAUGAUUUGUAGAAGUUUAACGGACUUCCUUCAAAACGACUCAGAAUUGUAUGUGCUUGUUUUUGAAUUUUAUUUCUUAGAAGUCACUCCGCGUCGAUCGCUGCAGAAACGUUGGCCUUGUAUUUGACAGAGACUGAAUUCUUGGAAACUGCAGAUUACUGUUUUUUGAAUUCCAACCUUGGAAAAUGGUUAGAAAUUCCAGGUUUGCAAAACAGUUCAUCAGUUCUGAUUGCUAACUUGCUUAAGUUAGGUAUGUACACCUCUGUUGCUACAGGAUUUCUUAUAGGAGUUAAACACCUUUUCAACUUUGCGUCCUUUUUCAAUACCUUGUGCCAACUGCGGAAGUUUUCUCAACCCAACAUCCAAGCCAUCAGUGAUUUAAUGUCCUGUAUUGAAUUUGACGAAGAAAGCAUCGAUUCAUUACGAGUUGAAACUGGUCGGAAAACUUGCUGGACUUUCAGAAAGGACUUGAUUCAACGAUUGAUGAAAAGUUUUUCUAUUCAGGCUAACCCCUCAUGUCUUAUAUUCAAAUUAUUUUUGUAUUUUCCUUCAGGAAAAAGUAAGAAGCCGACCGGAGUUUUAUAUCUUCAGGACGCAGCUUUACAGAGGAUUACAUUAUAUAUGAGGUGGUCGAUUUCUUCGUUGAUACAUCGCUUAGAGAAAGACUUAAGAUGGAGACGUUGGACAAAAUACAUCUCUUCCGCAUAACAACGGACUUGAAAAGAUUGUUCAAUGGGAAUGGAGAAAGGGCAUACAAAAAAUUUGACCGCUUUCAUGAUGUAAAUAAGUAUCAGUGUUUUUUGUAUAUGAUGAUUUUUUAGGUACUGGGUAACGAGUUGUUGAGUAUCUUUGUCAAUAAUUCUAUCGACAAAUUCCACAUCGAUGAGAAUUGGCGCUUCGCCCCGCAUUCUAUAAAAAAGUUUAUUUCCGAGAGGGUUAACGUCGAGUCUGGUGUUGAAUGGAGAUUUGCUUUGGCUUUUUUAGACAGGGACAGUGCACGGCCCUAUUUUAUUGGAGAUACUUUGACCAAUCUCGAAUCUAAAUUUUUGAACCAAAAUGUGAUUGAAAUUUUGUGGGAUACAUCGGACUUCAAGAACAGAAUACUCCUGAUAUCAAGACAUGCCGCAUUACUUUCAAGGAAAACACUGACGAAGUUUAUUUUGGAACUGGAGUGAGUGGAUCUACCCUUAAGAAGAUAAAUAAUUUUAGAAGGGAUAUGUUGAGUAACCGGAUUGAUAAUGGUCUGAAGAAGAUUGCGCUUAGAGAAAUUGUUUUGGCUCAAACCGUAUGUUUUCAAAUUUGAUUGCGUAUUUUUUGUUUUAUUUUAAGCGUAUGGGGCUGGAGUUUGACAUUGAGGUUUCGUUUGAGGAAAUAAAUCCAGUUGCACUUUUCGGAUUUAUUCAGCCAACUUGUCAGAAUGUAAUGAGAUUUGUAUCAUAUAUAAACCACUGCGAGCCUACUUUUCUGGAUCUUCACGCUAGACCCCUGUGUAUUCUUUUAUCAAAUUGCUUGCAUAAGUUGAUCUUACGUUGUGAAUGCGAUCCUCUGCUCGAGGCGAUGAAGAAGUUGAAGCAGGUAAGUCUUUUUGAGUAAUGUUUCACAAAUUUUUAGCGUCUAAAUGACGUUUUGCCCGUUUCCGACACCGUUUUCAACUGGUUUGUUGCCUUGAAGAAUGUUUUCCAGACGGCCAGCGGUUUGUUCAUUAAGUAUGUUUCAAAUAUAAUAUUUUUACUUUCAUUUAAUGAAUUGCAGAGCCGAAGGGGUUGAUGACGAUUUGGUUAAGGUGUUACACGGUAUCAGAUCUUUGGCGGAUGUUCUGGUGAGAAAAUCCGGAGGAAAUAAGGUGUUUAUGUCACUUAUGGGAACAUUGUUGCAAUUUAUGACAUCAUUUUUGGUUCGGAUGUCAAGCGCAACUCCCGAUAAUGUAACUGAAGAGGUAAAACAAGCAAUGAGUUUGAUCGUGUUGGACGUGGGUUGCGUUGGCCGAGUCAUAAUCGGAAUGAUCUUGAGAGAAAAUGUUAUGUAAGCGGUUUGUAGUUGAGUGUUAAAAAUACGUUUGCAGUUGUUUUAUAAUAUAAUUUUUAGGUUGUUUAAGGAUCUUCUUAUUCUAAUUGAUCAAUGGUUGCGAGCAUGUGCCAAGUUUAAUGUGUUUGACUCUACUCAGUGUGCAGGAGCUGUGUUUCGGACGAUAGAUACGAUUUACGUUAAUGGAAGUGGUUACCCAGAGCUAUGGAAGCAUCUGCUUCAAUACUCCAUUCCUUUGAUUUCCGAAUAUGUUAUUCUCUUCUCCGAUCCCGAAAAGUCUCAAUUAGAUUUUUCUGAACAAGUCGUUAAGCUGAGGGAUGGAAGAAACAUGAAAAAUGAGCCAUUUGUAACAUGUUUCGGCUUCUGGUGCAAUGUCAACACACUCCAAGGGAUACGUAAGGGGCCAUUUUAUUUUUACGUUUUUUAGGCCUGGAUUUAAACUUUCUGAAAGAGUUAUGGAGAUUGUUUCCCCAUCUCCGCACAAAAUUAUUACAUUAUCUGCCUUUUUAUGAUCAAAAAAAUGUCGUCGAUUAUGGAGAAGAUAUGUGGGCUUGGGCAAAAGGAAUGCAGACUAAUGGGGAUGAUAUUUUUACUGUAAAAUAUGUUCUUUACCUUCAAGAAGAAUUAUGCCCACUACUAAUUUGUUGCGAACUUUAUUCGUUUUUGAUAUCUUAUGAAAGGAAGAUGACCAAGACCACGCAUAGUUUCAUGGAGAAUGCCGUUGGACUGAAGAGAUUUCUCCUAAAGAUUCUAACGGCCUGUGACAUGGUUGGUCAAGAGAUUUUAUUUACUUUUUUGCACAAGGUAUAGUAUCAGUUUUUUUACUUUUAUUAACAGGGGAAGGUACUCCAAGUGCGAUGCUCAGACUUUGAUGAAACUUGUCACAAAUUUAGAAUACAGGGUGGGGCAUCUUUGUGGCCCGAUUUGAAUUGGCUAUAACUUCUUUAGUUUUUGGCCAAAUCUCAAAUCGGGCCACAAAGAUGCCCCACCCUGUAGUUUUUUCUAACAAGGAAAGUACUUCUAUGGGGUGUGGAGUUACAGGUCGAGAUAUAUAAAGCGGGAGAUAAAAGAUUUUCUGAAAAAUUUUUGAAAUUUUUCUGUUUUUACUUUUUUUUUAAAAAAAAAGUAAAUUUUCAGUUUACUUCAAGGAAAAUGCAAAAGAAAGUCAAUUUUGUUUCUGGCUUUCCGACUUCAAGGUCGGGAGUAGGACCGGAUCUUACUCCCCGCUCGGAGUCGCCGAAAGUCAGAGCUUGUUUUUACUUUAUUCCUCUUUUUGGCCCCGCACUGCAGUCUGCAGGUUGCAAGGUUGAUGCCAAGGCUUUCCCUGAUGUGUCAAGUUUUUCUCUUCCGAAAAAAUUAUUUUUACGUUUGUGCGACGUUGUGAAGCUAUGUUCUCCACGAAGAUGGGCUGGAAAGUGAUCAAGUAAGUUAGCAUUGGCAAGAGGAGAUGUACGUUUUUCAUUUGACAUCAAAAAUUUCCAUUUUAUUUCAGAGAAAGGUACAAAAUUUUUCCAAUUCGUAAAGCUUCAUGACCAUGGAUAAUGUAAGUGAGAUUAUCUCCUUUUUUGCUACGACGUCAAGAUUCUAAGUCGGGAAACGUUUAGAGGAGACCCCACUCUCAUGUAUAUUCUCCAUGUAUGAAACCCCAUAAAUUUUGAGGAAUAACGACGUAAAAAUUUCAAAUACUAUACUAACUUUCCAAAAGUAUGUUAUACUAAAGUAAAACCUAUGCAAACUAUCUUCAAGUUGUUGUAACAACGUUAUUUGAGCCUUAUUACGUUAUUACCUCAGUUUAGAACGCAUUCGUGGCAAAAAUCCGGCAGAUCUGAGCGGAUUUCGAUAUUGUACAUGACACCUAGAAAUCGAAAUUGGUGGCGUUUGAUAGAUAGAGUAUAUAACAAAACUAAAGUGAGGUGUCCUCUAGAACUCGCCAGCCUAGAACUGUUAACUCCAAUAACGGAACAAAAAACGCGAUAAGCGCACUUACAUUAUCCAUGGUCAUGAAGCUUUACGAAUUGGAAAAAAUUUGUACCUUUCUCUGAAAUAAAAGGAAAAUUUUUGGUGUCAAACGAAAAAAGUACAUCUCCUCUUGCUAAUGCUAACUUACUUGAUCACUUUGCAGCCCAUCUUCGUGGAGAAAAUAGAUUCACAACUUCAAAAAAAAUCAAAACGUUUCUUCCGGGAGAGAGAAAUUUGACACAUCUGGAAUUCCCGGGCGCAGCUCGCAAAAAUAGUUUUGAAGAAAAUAAAUUUGCGUGCAGGUGAGUAAAAACGGCAUCCUACUCACCAGCCAAAAUGGGCGAGCCAUUUUUGUUUCAACUUUGCGGAUCGACCUUUUGGCGAGCCAUUUUUGAUCCAACUUUCCAAAAAUUUGUCGUUCGGAGUAAGAAUGUUUUUUGACUCUCCGAAAUCGAAAAUUUCCGGAAAUUUUUCAAAAUUUACUUUUUUUUUAAAAAAGAAGUAAAAACAGAAAAAUUUCAAAAAUUUUUCAGAAAAUCUUUUAUCUCCCGCUUUAUAUAUCAAAAAAUUCAAAAAAAUUUUCUGAUUCAGAAUAUAUAAAAUUUAGCUGCCUAAUUUUGGUCUAUCAACACUAGAACCCAUUUUUUACAUUGCAACUACUUCUAAGGUGUAGUUGUAAUCUAAUUUGAUAUUUUAAGGCUUGUCAAGGCCUCAGAAUUUAUUGUAGCACAAAACAAAAAUUUUUUAUUGGUAAAAACACGGUCAAAAAGACACUUGCAUGGUGUCGCGAGAAAACUUCUGAGGACAAAAACAUGUCAUCAGACCAAAAUUAGGCAGCUAAUUUUUAUAUAUUCUGAAUCUGAAAAUUUUUGCGAAUUUUUUGAUAUAUAUCUCGACCUGUAACUCCACACCCCAUAGAAGUACUUUCCUUGUAAGGUUUAUGCGAGACUGCUGGCUCGCGCUUUGCAGAAACGAUCGAAAGUCGUCUAAAGGGCGACACUUUUUUGGUGAUUUUCAGCAUGAGUUUUAUGCCUAUUUCUACCGUAUAGAGUAGUGUUUUCACAAAAAAAUAAUUUUUUUCUGCGCGAAACUCCAGCAUAUGUCCAAAGGUUUUUUCACCGGUCUCCACGUUUUGCAUGCUGCAAAGAUCGUAGAAUAUCUGCUGUCCAUGAAUAGCUCGGGCUAAGGCUCUCAUUGAUAUGUGGCCUGUGCACGGCUCAAUGUCCAAUAUUUAAAGACAAUAUGAGCGUCGGAUUUGCGGAACCUCCCUUGUGUCAUAAUUCAAGCGUGUUCCAGCCCUAUUUCGGAAUAAAAGCUGUUAUGAGUGCGAUAUACAGAUGUUUGGAAAGCAAAAAAAAGAUUGCAUGCCUGCCCGAGGCGAUGGGUGAAUACGCAGAGUAUUUGUUAAACGAAUCUGCCUUUGAUGAGAACGACGUCUUCCUCUGCGCUUGCUUGACGAAAGCUAUCAAUUUGGCUGGACCAAAGUUUGAUCGUUUUCUGUGGGCCAAGGUUCUUCAUCUAGUUGGACUAUACGAACCAGGGCUUUUGGUAUUGAGAUAUUGCAUUGACAGGUAAAAUUCUAUGAAGUCAACGGGAUAUAAAUGUACUUUUGCAGUGAAAAGGAAUCGAGAUGUUUGCAAGCUUUCGAACACACGAAGAAAAACUUGUUGUCCUCUUUCUCCUCAGGUUACAGAGGAAUGAUGAAUCUUUACAAAGAGUUAUUAAUCAAGGCUGGGCAUGGGUUUUCAAUUCACGGGAUUUCAUUUGAGGACCAGGUCACGCCCCAGGUUAAGUAAGUGAAUAACACUGUUUAUUACAUAUUGCAGGGCAUUCGUCGCUCAAAAUGAGCACAACUGGACGCGGAUGGUGACCGCAUUGAAUCAAAGCCAAGAUUGGAAACAAUCAUCAUUGGCUUCGUAUCAUCUGGGAAACAAUGACGUCACCUUGGAUCUGGAUGAGGGAUACGAAUGCCUGAUGAACUUGACCAUGUGGUCCUUAGAUGAGACAAAAAACAUUAAGGCUGUGUUACCUAAAACGUAAGAUUUUAUCCAUAAACGUGUAAUGGCGUUCAGGAAUUUGGAUAAUGUUGGUACCCAUUUGUACACGCUUUUCAAGUUGAUACAUGACGAUCAGAAGUUGGAGACGGUUGAGUCGUUGCAGAAGUUUUUGCAGGAUAUGUCAGAAAGAUCGCUAAUACCAGGAAAGGAGUUAGUCGUUUUAAGCCAAGAAAUUGAAUUUUUGCGAAAGGUCUACAAAACUGAAGAUAUAAAAAGUAUCGACGAAGAGCUGAGAAGGCUUUCAUUCAGAAGCUUGAACAGAACCAUUCCUUUUGUUGCCUUAAAAUGGAAGAAGUCGACUAAAGCUCCCCAAGAAAAUGAGUUCCUGAUCCUGAACUCAUCGCUGAUGCGUUUGGCAGAAUCGUACUUAAAAAUUUCUUCUGAGCAGGUAUUUUUUAUUUGCAACCACAGAAAGUGGGAUCUUUAGAGAGCGGAAGAGAUAUUAAACUUUGCCUAUGAUGUGACUGUCCGGAGCUUUCCAAAGUUCCUAAACAACUCUAUGCUGCUAAAGGCCAAUUUAUUUAAAUCCCUUGGUGAUGACUUAAAUUCGCGCUUUUUUUUGGAGAAGAUCCUUAGGGAGUAUACCGUAGACAAGAAGGAUGGGCUCUCUGCGGUUGAACUCGUUAAUUAUUGCGCGAUUGAAACAGACGCUUUGAUAAUGCUGGCAGAUAUGUCAUCUGAUGUUCAAGAAUCGGAGGAGCAUCUAAAAAAUGUAAGCUCGCUUGUAUUCCACUUUUAGCGACUUUAAGGCUGCGUUGUCGAGUCGAUUCAUUGCGUCCAACGAGCCCAGCUACCAACUUAAGGUUUGUAAGGUCUUUGCUGCUUUCUGUCAAAAACGUUUCACUGGAUUGGAUGCACACAAAAAUUCAACUGAAUUCAAAAUGAAAGAUUAUAUCGUAAAAGAAUUAGAAGUCCAAUAUGAGUGAGUUGAUUGUUUUAAUUUUUUCAGUUGUCGUAUUCAGCAACGGACCUAUUAAAGACCGUCCAAGACUGGGAAAGGAAUUGCAUUUGGAGAAAGCCGACUUGAAAAAAGUGCUUAAUGAUUGGACGAACUACCUCUUGACUCUUGCUGAUUGUUACAUAAAGGCGCUGAGAUUGGGUACUGACGAUAAGUCUGUAGUGCCCCGCCUAGCCGCACUGAUUGUGCAAAAUUAUGAGAAUGAAGAGUUGAUGAGUAUGGUAAAGGUAAAGUCUCUGGUUUUUAAUAUAAAACAAAGAAUUCAGAAUUCCGUUGGAUUAAUUCCGUCGUCUGUUUGGCUCGUUGUUACCAACGUCUUAUCUGGGUAUUUGUUCAUCGACAAGCCGGUGUCGAGUGUGGUGUUCGAGAUAAUGGUUGGUGUGGUUUCCGACUAUCCUUAUCACUCUCUGAAUACUAUUCUGUACCACUUUCACAGAGAUGAUACCGGUGAUCAGGUAUGUUUCUAAAUUUGAUGUGUUGUAUUUUACAAUUUUUUAGAACGGUGAGACAUUGCGUAGGUUGUUGAAUAGUUGUUCUGAUCUUGUUGCCCUGAAGGCCAUUAUUCGAACCAUGAGGAGGGCUGUGACGUUUUAUGAGUCAGUUGCAAAGUCUCGGUUUGACAGCGAUUAUGAUUACGAUAAAGCAAAGAGUGGGUUUGGUUUUUAAAUGGUAAAAUUUAUUUUACAGAUUCUUAUAUCAUGGAUAAACGAAGGUUUCAAACUGAUGAGCAAUUCGAAAAUUUGUUGCACGUCCCUGUUCCAAUUGUUGAACAGCCUGUAAGUAGAUUCUAUCCUUGUUGAAGAGUUCAGAAUCUUUUGAUGUCAUCUUUUAUUGCGUGUUCUCGUUUUUAGGUACCUGAACCUCAGACUUAUUCUGUGUCCGACUUGAUAACUUUCUCAGGUGUUUCGAAUGUUGUCUUAAGGGCAGGAGGCGCUUCAUCGCCUAAAAUUCUAACGAUUCGAACAUCUGAAGGUGUGACAAAGCGUCUUAUAGUCAAGGUAUGUCUUUCAUAACCAUUUUAAUAUUUUUUUUUAAGCCGGAGGACUUACGACAAGAUGAUCUGGCCCAGGUGUUGUUUAAAGUUGCGAAUAUAUUGAUUCGAGAAGAAGAAUUUAAAGGAGAUAUCCUUAAACCCGUUCAGACUUACAUUGUGGUCCCGAUAACUGAUAAUGCGGGACUGAUUGAAUACGUUGACAAUACCGUAUCCCUUAAUCGCUGGCUUGUUGAUGAACAAACAGGAGCCCAUUUGAGAUACAAUCCUGAGGAUACGCCUGUUGCCGACGCUAUCUCGAUUUUUAAGAAUUGGAAUUCACCAAUCAAAGAGCAGUUCCUCAAUUUAUGCAGAUCGAUUAACCCUGUGUUUAGACACUUUUUUUACGAAAACUUUUCCCUUCCUCACAAGUUCUUCGAAAGUAUUCGACUCUACACCGACAGCUUGGCCUUGUGGUCAAUUUGUAAGUUCCAUAUAUUAUAUAAUAUUUUUUAUUAUCCUUUUAGUAUGUUUUGUUGUUGGACUUGGUGAUCGUCAUCUAAACAAUAUACUAGUUGACGAACGGAGUGGAAUGCUUGUUCAUAUUGACCUUGGAAUGAUCUUCGACUUCAGUCAGAGGAUCUUGCAACUACCCGAAAGAGUUCCUUUCCGACUGACAAGAGAUUUGAUGGACCCGAUUCUUAUCGAUGGAGCGAAUGGCCGUUUUAAACAUGUUGCUGUAUAUGCCCUCGAGCGGCUCCGUGAGAAUGCGGAUGUGAUUGUCGGGCUUUCUUCUCUUCUUCUUCUAGAUCCGAUGACCACCUUCCCUGUCGGAAACAGAGAGGAUGGAUCCAAAAACAUGCUAGCGGAAAACGCAAUUGCAAGGCUCAAAGCAAAGUUGGACGGGACUGAAGCAAAUUACACCCGAGCGUCACCUGAACAACAAGUAAUUUCUUUAUUGCAUCAUUGUUAUAAAAUCGAUCGCACAUCAGCCAAACUUUAUUUUAGGUGAACAAUCUGAUAAAACAAGCAACCGACCCCGAAAACUUAUGCCAGAUGUAUGUUGGAUGGAUGCCGUUUAUUUGAAUUAUAGGCUCAAUAUGUUCUAUUACCUUUCACUUUCAUUGUUAAAUGUACAUAUCGGGUAG